GUGGUUAGAAAUUUCGCGGCUGUUUAACUUCACUUCUGCUGUACGGAUUUUCAAUUUUUCAUCCACAAAUUGUUUAUUAAAUAUUUUAUAAAAUAAAAUGGAUUUUAGUUCGUUAUUGCAACAAGCCCAAAGGCUUACAAAUGAAACACAAAACUCUGAAGAACUUCCACGAGUUGAGCGAACAAUAUCACAAGUAUUGCAAGCAACACAAGAAUUGCACUCACGCGUUACCCAAACUGGCGCUCAAGAUAUUCAAGCUCACAUCCUUCUUGGUUCGAAGGGAAUCGAUUUACCAAAAAUCUCACAAAAACUUGAAACAUUGAGCACCAGGAAGACAUUCGAACCACUUGAUCCAAUUGCUGAUACAGAUAUUCAGAGUUUUCUCAAGAAUGAAAAAGAAAAUGCCAUAUUGUCGGUUAUUGAGGAAGUUCAUAAAAAUUCAUACCAAUCAGCACAGAAGCAAAAAUGGGAGCACAUCAAGGCUGACUGGCGACAGGAAAAACUCAAGCUACUCAACGCUCUUAUAGGGCCAUCCCAAAACUGGAUAGAUAUUCAAAAGAUUCCCGAACAAACAAUUCUGAAUGAAACUUCAGGAAGUCGUUCGUGUUUGAAUCAUAUUGAAAUGGCAUAUGCCCGUGAAGUUUGCGAAUACAAUGCCUUGGUUAACAAAGGUGCUCUACGUCCUAAUCUUGUACAAAAAUUCGCAAAAGUCGCCGAAAACUUUGAAGAUCAGAAAAUAUCUGAAAUCUGGGAAAUUAUGAAGUACAUGGUAAAUGUGACACCAGUUUCACGAAGUCGUGAUCCCAUCCAGAGUCGUUGUCAAGUUCAUCAAUUUAUCGAUCAGGCUAAAAAAUAUCUAGAGAAUCGAUAUAAACUGUACAUGUCCACAAUUAUUAGUGGAAAUUUACGUGAAGCACAAAGAGGUGGUGUUCCGAGUAUUUUUAAUUUGGUUUCUUCAUUUGUUGGGUUGACUCUGAAUCAGGGAUCUUGUUUUGGACUUCAAGAUGUUACUAUUGAAGGCAAACCACUUUGGCCAAUGGUGUACUAUUGCAUGCGAUGUGGAGAUUUGCAAUCUGCUUUGCGCUGUAUGCAAAUGGGAGGAGCUGGUCAUGAAGAUUUCAUUCAAGUUCUAGAAGAUAAAAUUAACAAACCCGAACAGAAAAUCAAUUCAAAACUAGAAGGGCAACUGAAACUGCAUUACUGCAAUAAAAUUAAAAAUUCCACAGAUCCAUUUAAAAAAGCGGUCUAUUGCAUAAUUGCUGGUUGUGAUAUUAAUGAACAACAUUUAGAAGUCGCCAAAACAACUGACGAUUUCUUAUGGAUUCAAUUAUCAAUUUUACGAACUGAUUCACCCGACAACUCAGAAAUCCUAACAUAUUCCGGUUUGCAAACCAUGAUUUUGGAGAAAUACGGAGAAAAACAUUUCAAUGCUGGCGAACAGCGUCAUUUGUACUUCCAAGUUUUAGCUCUAACUGGACAAUUUGAAGCUGCCAUUGAAUUUUUGUCGCGUACUGAAAAAUAUCGAACACAUGCUGUCCAUAUUGCUCUAGCCUUGAAUGAGCUAUUUUUACUUGGAGGGACGAGAAAUGUUCAAGAACCAUUAUUAUCGGUUGACAUUGAAGAUCCAGUUCCAAUGCGAAGAUUAAAUAUCGCCCGAUUGGUCAUGUUAUAUGUCAAGAAGUUUGAAAUAACUGAUCCCGCAGAAGCCCUACAAUACUUCUUCUUCCUACGAAAUCUCAAGGAUCCCGAGGGGCGUAAUUUGUUCCUCGUUUGUGUCAGUGAUUUGGCAAUUGAAUGCAGGAAUUACGAUCUUAUUUUUGGUAAAAUGCAACCUAACGGUAUUCUUGUAGGAGGACUUUUUCAACAAUUUGAUUGUGUUGAUUUUGAUACACGAACAGCAGCUGGUAUGGUUGCAGAAGACUUGGUCAAGAAAGGAAUGUUUGAAGAUGCCAUUAAGAUGUUUGAUAUAGCAGGCAUGCAAGGUCAAGCUCUGCGAUAUAUUUCCAUUCUUUUGUCGCAAGUGGUACAUCAAAGCUCAAAGAAAGGAUCACUCAGAGAAAGAUUGCAGGUCUUGGCUAGUGAUUUCAGUGACAGAUUGAGAGGCAACAAAAUUGAAUGUGAAGCCCAAAUCAUUGCCACAUUCCAUCUACUCAACGAACUUGUACAAUUUUUUGAUUUCUAUCAUGAGAAAAAAUAUAAUUUAGCUUUGGAAGUUUUAGCCAAUACGAAACUUGUUCCAAUGUCAAUGAAUGAUCUUGAAGAUUCAAUCAAUAAUUUCAAGCGAAUUGGUGGUGAAAUUUGUAAAGUUUAUCCAGAUAUCCUUUUGGCUACAAUGGACAUUCUAUAUAGUCAGUAUAAGAGUAUUCGUGGCAAGGAAGGAGGUGGUUUUAUUGAUAGUGGAAGAGAUAGGCAAUUGGCACAUUUGAGAGAAAAAGCAAAAGCACUUACAAAUAUGGCUGCAACAGUUCCAUACAGAAUGCCUGGCGAUACAAAUAACCGUCUGGUGCAGACUGAAAUUUUAAUGCAUUAAGAAUAAUAAUCCUUUUUUUUUUAUUUGUUUCUAUUACAUGAAU